AUGGCUCCCACCAAUCCUGGGUUGAAGCACCUGUCCAACGCUCUAGCAACCCCCGAUCAGCUAUCAAACUCCUCGUCCUCGAUCGAUGGUGUCCCGGCUGAUCUUGAAACCUCGAUCCGCUGUGCAGGUGCCCAGCUCACCCAAACCGCUGGCAUUCUCCUGCACUUGUCGCAAGAUAUCAUUUCCCAGGCCAUUGUGAUCUUCACGCGUUUUUGGCUCGGAGCUGACGGCGGUAGCUUGCGAAUUUACUCAGUUAAGGAUGUUUCCGCUGCAGCUCUCUACCUAGCGGCCAAGCUUUCCUUCCUACCCACCUCCCCGCGCUCCGUGCUCAAUGUCUACACCUUCCUUCUAUCACGGGAUGCCUCGCCCUUGUGGUUUGUGAAACCAGACGGUGCACCCAAGGCCCCUCCAGCUCCUGAAACCUACAUCCUGACGGAAGGCGGGUACCAAUCCGCCCGACUGGUGCUUCUUCGCAUUGAGUCCGUCAUCCUCCGCACCCUGGGCUUCGAUACACAUGUCGCCCUACCGCACACCAUUGCAUUGACAUAUCUACAAACUCUGGGUGUGGCAAAACCCGCUGUUGCUCAACGUGUCAUCCAGCAUCUCAACGCCGCACUACUCUCACCUCAGUUGCUAUAUGUCACACAUCAACCCAAUGCCCUAGCCGUCGCUGCCAUCUACCUUGCUUCGCGCGAAGUGGGAGUCAAGCUCGUUGAUGGUGACUGGUGGGAAGUCUUCGAUGUUGAUCGUGAGGAGCUUGGUUUCUUGGUCGUGGGUAUGCAAAGUACCGAAGGGUUUAUGCGGGCCGAGGCUAGUCAAUGGAAGGAUAAAACCAUUCCUAUGGUUCCGGAUGAGGUCGAAGCUGAGAUUGAACGACGCCGAAUGAUGCAGGAAGGCGAGUGA